CCGGAAGUGGUUGCUGCCGGCUUCCGGUUCCGCCCUGUGCGGGGUCGCUGGCGUCUUACCGUGUCGGGCUCGGUUGCAGACUCGUGUGUGUCCCGGCCGCGGCGGGCGGGAGGCGCGGUCAUGCCUCGGUAUUACGAGGACAAGCCGGAGGGCGGCGCGUGCGCGGGCGUGAAGGAGGACCUGGGCGCGUGUCUGUUGCAGUCGGACUGCGUGCUCCAGGAAGGAAAAUCCCCUCGACAGUGUCUGAAGGAAGGAAGCUGCAAAGCUUUGCAAUACUCAUUUUUUGAGUGUAAAAGAUCAAUGUUAGAUGCCAGAUCAAGAUUCAGAGGAAGAAAAGGAUAUUGAUACUGCUGUGUUGAAACCAAGAUGAAAACAACAGAGAAUUUCUUCUGGCCUUUGAAACAGAGAAGCCAAAAUAAGAAACAGACUUUUCGUCACAUCUGUUCUAUUGAACCAGUUUUUCCCUCCUCGGAACACUAAAGAAAAUGAAUGAGUUCUGGUUUUCAGUAUGUAUAAAGUAAAUGAUUCUCUCUCUCUUUUUUUUUUUUAAAUUUUAAUUUUUUCCAAUUCUCUUGUUCUAAAUAAUUUUUAGGAGAAUUAAUUGAACAGUUGUGGGCUGGGAACAUCAUAGAUGUGUUUUAAGAAUUGUUCUGAAGCACAGAAGAUGGAAAGACUUUAUUUUCAAACUUGACUCUUCAACCAGUUGAUACAGUUUGUACAUCCUUUGGGAAUGCUGUGAAGGCUACUGAGGGGACUAUUAAAAUCAACAUGGAGUCUGGUGAGAUGUCUGUCUGGAAAGUUUAGGAUAAAGCUUUUUUAGUCAGUCUGUACUAUUUAGUUCUAAAAUAAAUUGUGUUUGAUUUCUUGGAGACGAAAUGCUUCAUUUGCAUUAAUUCACUGAAGUACCUCAAAGUAUUACUAUCACGCAUUAGGCAUAGCUGGAUGCAAAGCCUGGGAUUAUGAUGUCAGGGCUCCCUGCCUCCAUCUCUUGACUAUUUUUGUUUCCUGGCCUUGUUUUCAGGCAGGCCUGCUGUACAUAAAGGGAAAGAGGCCAGUGUUCUACAAAAGUACACAUCCUUUAGAUCUGUGAUCCAAGAGGAGGAGAGAUUGCCUCCUUCUCUAGGGUCCAUGGGUCAAAUCUACAAAAGGACUCUUGUCUUGCCUGGAUCAUCUGCUCUUAUAUUAGACCAAUCUCUGUGGAAAAAGGGAUGAGAACCUGAUCUUGGCCAGGUCUGGGCCUUACGCCCUAUAUUUUGUAACUCUUGUCGGAAUCACAUUGGAUGAAUAACGCACCUGAUCCUCAGAAGGAUUCAGAGCAAACUGAAACAGUAGUUAUUGACUGUAGAAGGCAAGACUGAAAAUCAUGAAAUGCUUGAAAAAGUUUAGAAUCAUUUUAUUCUGAUCACAUAGUACAGUAGAGAGCCAGAUAUGAAACUGAGUUUCCAGUUUUAUUUUCAGUAUUGAAGAAUAAUGGACGAGCCAUAGCUGCUUCUUUAGUUCAUUGGAGUUAAAGCAAUCAAGUAUUCCGUAGUUCACUUGCUUUCUUAAAGAUUCACCUAAAGUUGUGAGAAUUCGACUUCAGCACUGGUCAUCAUUGCAGAAAAUCACUGAGGUUCACUGUACAGCUUUUUACUGGGAAAGGGGAAAUGAUGGAUUUUUUUUCACUAACUUGUAUAUCUGUUUAAGUGGUACAAUUUUUAUUAAAAAUAAAAUUUGAUAAA